AUGCAACAUGAAUUUUCUAUGAAAGACUUGGGUCCUUUAAGUUAUUUUCUCGGCGUCAAGCUAGUUAAAAAUUCCUCUGGUCUGUUCUUAUCCCAGCAUCGCUAUGUCAAUGAUAUUCUUCAUCGAUUUGGAUUGGAUAAAUCCAAACCAGUUCUAACUCCUCUGCAAAGCAAGCUUGAUUGGCACUCUUCUACUUCGGCUCUCCUAAGUGAUCCAUCAGUUUAUCGUCAAAUGGUAGGAUCUCUCCAGUAUUUAUCAUUUACUCGGCCUGAUAUUCAAUUUGUUGUUAAUCUUGCUUCUCAGUUUCUUCAUAAUCCUAGGGAGGUUCAUAUGCAAGCUGUCAAAAGAAUAUUUCGGUAUAUUGGAGGUACUGCUGAUUGGGGGUUGCAACUUACCAGAAAUACCUCUCUCUCUCUUAAAGUGUAUUCCGAUUCCGAUUGGGCUGGUUGCUUUGCGACACGUAGAUCAACUACUGGUUUUUGUAUUUUUCUUGGCGAUAAUCUUAUUUCUUGGUCAGCUAGGAAGCAACCUACAGUGGCUCGCUCUAGCACCGAGGCAGAAUAUCGAGCUCUUGCCGUUGCAGUUGCUGAAGUUACUUGGCUUCAGUAUCUCUUACGUGAUCUUCAUGUUCCUCUUUGCUCACCAGUAAUGGCUAAAUGUGAUAAUGUUGGAGCUAUUCAUCUUGCGCACAACCCGGUUUUCCACUCUCGAUCUAAGCAUGUAGCACUGGAUUAUCAUUUUGUUCGUGAAAAGGUCAACCUAGGAGACUUGCUUGUUCCUCAUGUUUCCACUUCUCAUCAACUUGCUGACUUGUUUACCAAAGUUCUGCCAUCUGCUAGGUUCCACGAGCUCCUAACCAAGCUUUGUGUUCGUUCCUCCCCUUCAGCUUGA